AUGUUUGCCUUCACCGUCCUCCUGCUUGCGUCAGCAGCCCUCGCCCACCCAGGCCACGACCACGCGCAUGAGGCGGCCGAACGCGCCGCGUCGCUCGCAUCAAUGGGCCGCCGCUCUCUGUCCCACUGCGCACCCCAACUCGCCGCGCGUGGGCUGGAGUCGCGAAAUGCCGCUCGCCGCGCUGCACUCCACCGUUCCCUCAAGCGCGAUGUCGCGACAGUGUUGGGGACAAGCCACAAGUCGAACCUGACGGGCAUUACGACGAAUUCCUCGGCGAGCACACUGUUCGGGGGAAGUAAUGCGUGUAUCCUUGGUCCGGAUACGACGCAGGGACCGUACUACGUCACGGGCGAGUACUUUCGCAGCAACAUCACGGAGGGACAGGCCGGCGUCCCCCUAACCGUCGACAUCCAGAUAAUCGACACAAACACGUGCCAGCCACUCCCAAACGUCGCCCUGGACUUCUGGCACUGUAACUCAACAGGCGUGUACUCGGGCGUCGUGUCCCAGGGAAACGGGAACAGUGCCGAUAAGGCGAACAUCAACGCAACUUUCCUCCGCGGCAUCCAGGCUACCGACGCCGAGGGCGUGGUGACCUUCCACACGACCGUGCCGGGUCACUAUACGGGCCGCGCAACUCACAUCCACCUCCUCGCGCAUACUGAGGGAUCGUGGACCCUCCUGCCCAACAACACUAUCACCGGCGGUAACACCACCUCUCAUGUCGGCCAGCUCUUCCUCGACCAAGACCUGAUCUCUCAAGUCGAGGCUGCGUCACCAUACAGCACCAACACGCAGACCCUGACCCAGAAUAGCGCCGACAUGAUUCUGUCCCAGGAGGCGACGAACAUCGACCCGUUCCUCGAGUAUGUCCUGCUCGGAAAUACGAUCGAGGACGGCGUGUUCGCCUGGAUCGCUAUGGGGAUUAACGCGAGCGCGAGCAGUACGGUCCAGGCCGCGGCGAACUAUGGCGAGGGCGGCGGUGUCGCCAACGCCAACAGCAUGGGCGGGCCCGGCGGCGGCGGCCCAGGAGGCGCACCCCCUAACGGUACAAUGGGCGGAGGCAACGCCACGGCAAGUGGUGUCUCGGCAAAUGGCACGUCGAGCGCGUCGCCGAUCUGGUCGAUGUCGGUCCCUCUCGCAGUUAUGGCUGCUGCGCUCCGACUGGCGCGCGUGUAA